AUGGGCUACCCAAUCUGGGUUCAGUCCGCAACCCGCGGACCCCCAAAACCCGCCAAAACGCCUAUGGGCCGCCCCGAGCCCCCCGCGCAAAGCCCGUGGGUUGAUGAGCCGGGCCGAGCCAGAGAGGCCUUGUUUAAUAUAUUGUUGCCCGUGUUUUUGACUAUCUGGAAGUCGGCCCAAGGCAUUCCGCCACCCACCCACGGCGGCCCGAAAGGUUUAUUUGAAAGCCCGCGGGCCAACAGCCCAAAAGCCCGCAAUCUUUUCAACCGGGGGAUUGGUAUUUUAUCACAUUAA